UAAAACAAGGAGAAAAAAAUAUCAAUUUGGUUAAGUUUAAAACUAGAUUCUAACAAAUCAUAAACCAGUACGUACAUAGUGUGUGUAUAUAUGAGGGCUGCCUGCCAGUAGCAACCACACACAAAGCAAGCUCGAUAACGUCGAUCAUGGCGGCGUCAUCCUCCCUGUCUCCUUCCCUCCUCCUCGGCUGCUCCUUCCUCAUCGCGGCCGCCGUCCUCCUUCGCCGCCAUGACAGCGCCGCCGCCACCACCACCACCACCACCCACCUCCACUUCUACAUGCACGACGCCUACACCGGCCCGGCUCCCACCGCCAUGCGCGUCGUCUCCGGCCGCUCCUUGCUGCAGUCCACCACCGACAUCGUCGACGGCUCGUCGCCGCCGCGGCAGUUCGGGGACAUCGUGGUGCUGAACAACGCGCUGACGGAGGGGCCGGACGCCGGCAGCGCGCGCGUGGGCACGGCGCAGGGGUUCGGGGUGCGGGUGUCGGAGGGCGGGUUGGUGACGGACCUGAGCAUGCACCUGGUGAUGGAGGCCGGCGAGCACCGCGGCAGCUCGGUGGCGAUCAAGGGCCGGAUCGACGUCGGCGUCGGCGUGCGCGAGUCGGUGGUCGUCGGCGGCACCGGCCGGUUCCGGCUCGCGCGCGGGUACAUGGCCAGCAGCAGCUACGACUACAGCCUCGCCGCCGGCGGCGUCGUCGAGAUCCACGUCUACCUGCAGCACUAGCUAGCAGCCUGACACACUACGUACAGCUAGAACGCGCGCGCCUCUCCUGCAUGCCUAUGCCUUUUCAUUUCAUGUGUUCUUGCUUAAAGUUGUAACCAGCGUCCUGUGAUGUAUUGUACUGUACUGUAGCUCGUCUAUUUUCGAUUUUUUGCAUGAGCACGUCUGCAUGUUUGCAGCGUGAGCGUCGUGUGUUCCGGUCACGUUCGUGCCUGGAACGCGUCUUCUCAUGGACAAUUAAAGGCAGCAGCGCACAAACUACAUUUUACAUUAAGAUAUUUCUAAAUUAAUUACCGCUA